GCGAGAAGGUUGUCCACGCUCCGAGCCCAAAUCCUCCGUCGUCCGCAUCGCGUCCGCAGGCCAGCCAUAGUGUGUGUGUUUCCUGUGCUACCCACUCCCGCUUCUGGGAUACAUAUAAAAGUGCCACCCCCCACUCAAAAUCCUUAAAGCCCCCCCGUAGAGGAAGUGAAAAAUUAAAUAGGUGUUACCUAAGCCCAAGCCAGGCAGACGAGCAACAAGAAUCAGGGAGCAGUAGCUGAAGGUUGCGGCAAGAUGGCCCAGUUUGUGACCCACAUCCAGCCCACGCUGAUGGAGGCGUCCCAAGGUCAUGUGCCCCACCACCACGGACAUCAGGUGGGUGUGCAGCACUCCUCGCACCUGCCCCACAGCGGUCACAACAUGCCCUCGCCGCCCACCCACAACCACCAUCACGGCCAUGGACAUGGCCACCACACCACCACCACCAGCAGUGGUGGUCAUCAUGGAGGAGCAGGUGGUCACCCGCAGAAGCAGUCGCACCACAGCACCAGCGGCCACGCCUCCAAGGCCCAGCACCACAGCCCGCCCUCGAGGAUCCACUCGCCGCCGACGGAGCACCAUCCAGAGCACGUGGGCCACUACGAGUACUUCCAGCAUCAGCACGAGCAGAUCUUCCACCACGACGGAGCCAACGGUGGUGGCAACCACAAGCCGCAGCAGCAGCACCACCAUCCCAACAAGCACGAGCACUGCCCCACUGGACACCAGAGUGCGGGCGAUGGAAACACCUCCUUCCUGCGUGCCGCUCGCGCUGGAAAUCUGGAGCGAGUGCUCGAGCAUUUGAAGAACAACAUUGACAUCAACACCAGUAAUGCGAAUGGCUUAAAUGCCCUGCACCUGGCCUCCAAGGAUGGCCACAUCCACGUCGUCUCGGAACUCCUUCGUCGGGGGGCGAUUGUGGACAGUGCCACCAAGAAGGGCAACACCGCCCUCCACAUCGCCUCGUUGGCUGGUCAGGAGGAGGUGGUGAAGCUUCUGCUGGAGCACAAUGCCUCGGUGAACGUGCAAUCCCAGAAUGGAUUCACGCCUCUCUACAUGGCCGCCCAGGAGAACCACGAUGCGGUGGUGCGUCUCCUCUUGUCCAACGGGGCCAACCAGAGUCUGGCCACCGAGGAUGGUUUCACCCCGCUGGCGGUGGCCAUGCAGCAGGGUCACGACAAGGUGGUCGCCGUGCUCCUCGAGAGCGACACCCGGGGAAAGGUCAGGCUUCCAGCGCUGCACAUUGCCGCCAAAAAGGACGACGUCAAGGCAGCCACCCUGCUGCUAGAUAACGACCACAACCCGGACGUGACUUCCAAGUCUGGGUUCACUCCCCUCCACAUUGCCUCGCACUAUGGGAACCAGAACAUCGCCAACUUGCUCAUCCAGAAGGGCGCUGACGUCAACUACUCGGCCAAGCACAACAUCAGUCCGCUCCACGUGGCCGCCAAGUGGGGCAAGACCAACAUGGUAUCGCUGCUCCUGGAGAAGGGUGGCAACAUCGAGGCCAAGACCCGGGACGGACUCACCCCGCUCCACUGUGCCGCUCGCUCGGGACACGAGCAAGUGGUGGACAUGCUGCUCGAGAGGGGAGCUCCCAUUUCUGCCAAGACCAAGAACGGCUUGGCACCCCUCCAUAUGGCCGCCCAGGGCGAGCACGUGGAUGCCGCCCGCAUCCUCUUGUACCAUCGUGCUCCCGUCGACGAGGUGACCGUGGACUAUCUCACCGCCCUCCAUGUGGCCGCCCACUGUGGUCACGUGCGGGUGGCUAAGCUCCUUCUUGACCGGAAUGCUGAUGCCAAUGCCAGGGCCUUGAACGGGUUCACCCCGUUGCACAUUGCCUGCAAGAAGAACCGCUUGAAGGUGGUGGAGCUGCUGCUGCGACAUGGGGCCAGCAUCAGUGCCACCACGGAGAGUGGGCUCACUCCGCUCCAUGUGGCCGCCUUCAUGGGCUGCAUGAACAUCGUCAUCUAUCUGCUGCAGCACGACGCCAGUCCCGAUGUGCCCACUGUGCGCGGUGAGACUCCACUGCACUUGGCCGCCAGGGCCAACCAGACCGACAUCAUUCGCAUCCUGCUGCGCAAUGGCGCCCAGGUGGACGCCCGUGCCCGGGAACAGCAGACGCCGCUGCACAUCGCCUCGCGGCUGGGAAACGUGGACAUCGUGAUGCUCCUCCUGCAACACGGCGCCCAGGUGGACGCCACCACCAAGGAUCUGUACACUGCAUUGCACAUCGCCGCCAAGGAGGGCCAGGAUGAGGUGGCCGCUGUGCUGAUUGAGAACGGCGCCGCCUUGGACUCCGCCACCAAGAAGGGAUUCACGCCGCUCCAUUUGACAGCCAAGUAUGGACACAUAAAGGUGGCCCAGUUGCUGCUCCAGAAGGAGGCGGAUGUGGAUGCGCAGGGCAAGAAUGGAGUGACUCCAUUGCAUGUGGCUUGCCACUAUAACAACCAGGCGGUCGCCCUGUUGCUCCUGGAGAAGGGAGCCAGUCCACAUGCCACGGCCAAGAAUGGACACACUCCGCUCCACAUUGCGGCCCGGAAGAACCAGAUGGAUAUAGCCACUACCCUGCUGGAGUAUGGCGCAUUGGCCAAUGCCGAGAGCAAGGCCGGCUUCACCCCGCUGCACUUGAGCAGCCAGGAGGGUCAUGCCGAGAUCUCCAAUCUGCUGAUCGAGCACAAGGCCGCCGUCAAUCACCCGGCCAAGAAUGGCCUGACACCAAUGCACCUGUGUGCCCAGGAGGAUAAUGUGAAUGUGGCCGAGAUUCUGGAGAAGAACGGAGCCAACAUCGACAUGGCCACCAAGGCGGGCUAUACUCCCCUGCAUGUCGCCUCUCACUUUGGACAGGCCAACAUGGUGCGUUUCCUGCUGCAGAAUGGCGCCAAUGUGGAUGCGGCCACCUCGAUUGGAUACACUCCUCUGCAUCAGACCGCCCAGCAGGGCCAUUGCCAUAUUGUCAACCUCCUCCUGGAGCACAAGGCCAAUGCCAAUGCCCAGACGGUCAACGGACAGACGCCCUUGCACAUUGCCCGCAAGCUGGGCUACAUCAGUGUCCUGGACUCGUUGAAGACCAUCACCAAGGAGGACGAGGCAGCCGCUGCCCCCGCCCAAGCCGAGGAGAAGUACCGCGUGGUGGCUCCCGAGGCCAUGCACGAGUCUUUCAUGUCCGACUCCGAGGAAGAGGGCGGCGACACUAACUGGCAACUGGACGCUGGCUACGAGUACGGCUUUGGCCCGGUCUAUCUGCCGUACUACCAGGGCGACAAACUCUGUGUCUCCAGCGAAGACAAUAUGCUAUCAGAUCAACCAUACCGCUAUUUGACCGUUGAUGAAAUGAAAUCCCUAGGCGACGACUCGCUACCGAUCGAUGUGACCCGUGACGAGCGCAUGGACUCCAACCGGAUGACCCAGAGCACCGAGUACGCCUCUGGAGUGCCGCCCACCAUCGGCGAGGAGGUGAUCAGUCCCCACAAGACGCAGGUCUACGGCAGCUCCCCUAAAGCCACCGUGGAUGGGGUGUACAUUGCCAAUGGGUCUGGUCACGAUGAGCCGCCGCAUGUGGGCCGCAAGCUGAGCUGGAAGAGCUUCCUGGUGUCCUUCCUGGUUGAUGCCCGCGGAGGAGCCAUGCGAGGCUGUCGCCACAGUGGCGUCCGCAUGAUCAUCCCCUCAAGGUCCACCUGUCAGCCGACCAGGGUAACCUGUCGCUAUGUGAAGCCGCAGCGCACCAUGCACCCGCCCCAGUUGAUGGAGGGUGAGGCCUUGGCCAGUCGUGUCCUGGAGCUGGGCCCCUGCUCCACCAAGUUCAUUGGGCCGGUGGUCAUGGAGGUGCCGCACUUUGCUUCGCUGCGCGGCAAGGAGCGCGAGAUUAUAAUCCUGCGCUCGGACAAUGGGGAAACAUGGCGGGAGCACACCAUCGAUAACUCCGAGGAGAUCAUACACGAUGUCCUGCAGCAGUGCUUCGAGCCAGAGGAGAUCGCCCAACUGGAGGAGCAGGCUGGCAACCAUGUGUGCCGCUUCGUCACCUACGACUUCCCCCAGUACUUCGCCGUGGUGUCGCGCAUCCGCCAGGAGGUCCACGCCAUUGGACCGGAGGGCGGCAUGGUGUCCAGCACCGUGGUGCCACAGGUGCAGGCCGUCUUCCCACAGGGAGCCCUCACCAAGAAGAUCAAAGUCGGCUUACAGGCCCAGCCGGUCGAUCCCGAUCUCACCGCCAAGCUUUUGGGUCGCGGCGUGGCCGUAUCGCCGAUCGUUACGGUCGAGCCGCGGCGCCGUAAAUUCCACAAGGCCAUCACCCUCAGCAUGCCGGCCCCCAAGGCCCACAGCCAGGGGAUGAUCAAUCAGUACUCGGGCAACACGCCCACCCUGCGACUGCUGUGCUCCAUAACAGGUGUGUUUCGGAAAAGGUCUCUAAAAGGCGGACCGUCCCGAGCUCAAUGGGAGGAUGUCACCGGUUCCACGCCCUUGACAUUUGUCAACGACUGUGUCUCCUUUACGACCACUGUGUCAGCUCGUUUCUGGCUGAUGGAUUGCCGCAAUAUCUCGGAUGCCACCAAAAUGGCUACUGAGCUAUACAAGGAAGUUAUUCAUGUACCGUUCAUUGCCAAGUUUGUGGUGUUUGCCAAAAAGAUUGAACCAUUCGAGGCUAGACUUAGAGUCUUCUGCAUGACUGACGAUCGUGAAGAUAAAACCCUAGAGAAACAUGAGCUCUAUACGGAAGUGGCCAAGAGCCGUGAUGUCGAGGUCCUCGAGGGUAAGCCGCAGUACAUCGAGAUGGCCGGAAACUUGGUGCCCGUAACUAAAUCGGGAGACCAGCUGCAGUUACAGUUCAAAGCCUUCCGCGAGAACCGACUGCCCUUCACUGUUCGGGUUAAGGAUCAGCAUGCUGACAUAGUUGGUCGCACUUUGUUCAUGAAAGAACCGAAGGUGGCCAAGGGUGAGCCACCGCAGCAGCCCAUCUGCAUCUUGAACAUUGUACUUCCGGAGGCCGUAAUCCCCGACUCCACUACCGCCUUCUCAGACCGAGUCACAUCUACCUACAGGACCUCGAUGUUCAGUUUGAGCAAGCAUCAAAAUGACCACUAUAUUGGUGACAUUCGGAUCGUUGAUCUGUCCAACCUGUUGGGUAAGGAUUGGAUUCAGCUGGCGCCGGAGAUUGGCAUCACCGCUGAGGAGAUCGACGAGAUCGUCAAUCAAAACACAGAUAGCAUUGCCAGGCAGGCUCAGAGCAUGAUCCGCCUUUACAAGGACAAACCCAACUACGAUAUCCUUUCGUUGGAAACGGCUCUCAAAAACAUUGGACGCGACGACAUUAUGAAGAAGUGCAAGAGUGGGCGACUAUCGCAUUCGCGCGAGUUUGAUGAGACGGACAUCAUGAAGAACUCGGAGUCCGUGGAGGAGCUUGUUCGCAGAGAAACUCUUCCCUCAGGCAAGCGAAUCCAGCAAAUCAACGAACGCGAGGAAGUCAAGUACUCUGCAGAGGAGAAGGAAGUCGAGGAAUCAGAGUCCGAUGAGGAAGCUGCCAAGCGAACAGUUGCCGAACGGCGGGAAAAAAUAGUCAAGCGUCUGUCCGUGGAGCGAUCAAUUCCUGCCUCAACCCAGAAGAAAGAGAUCACCCGCGAAAUAACCGAAAUCAAGCGGAAAAGUCUAAUUGAGGACAAGAAGGCACACCACGAAUCCGAGAUUCUGAUGCAAUUGCCUGCCGAUAACGUAAUCAUCAAGACCGCCACUGUACCCGACCAAGUCAUCAAGAUGAAGAUGGGCAAGAUGGACUCCACCGAAGUGAGCAAAAGCGAGUUCGAUAAGGAACUGACGCACAAGUUCAAGACAUCCGGGCGCAGCUCAGAGGAGGAAGACCAGCCCUCAUCCCCAGAUCAGACUGACAAGAUUGUGCAGGACAUCAGUGCCGCCGAGAAGAAGGAGAAGGAUGUCGUGACCUUCAGCAGGGUGACUACAAUAACCCGUCAAGAAGCUCGUGACAUGACCGAGGACUUUCUGGAGAUGGAGAAGCGCAGCCAACUCCCAGCAACUUCCACCACCGCAACAGUUCACGAGAAGUUCGUGGAGGAAGUCAAGGAGAAGACCAGCCCACUGGCCUCAGUACCACAGGAAACCGUGAAAGAGGUCCAGCAAGUCAUAAGCGAAGUAACCGAAAUUGCUAGCAAGAAGGUGGAGAACAUCAUUAGCUCCUUUGAGAGUAGCAAACCUGUAGAAGUAACUGCAACUCUGCCCACUCAGACAUCUGUCGAAUCAUCAAAGGUCAGCGAGACUAUUAAAAACCUGGAAGAAGCCAAGACUGUGACUCAGGAGCCAGUGAAGCAUGUCCAAGUCAUCGAGAGCUCAAGUAUUGAGGAGACGAUUGCGGAGUUCGAAGCCAAGAAGGUGAAAUACGACUUCCAUGGCGGCGAACCCAAAACACAAAUACCUAAGUUCACACGUAAGCCCAGCGAGGAGUCAAUGAAACCCACGGCUGCACCACGUGCAACAGUUGAAUCCGAGAUUGAUUCAGUCGUUGAGGCUAAAUCCGAGAAACCCAUCUCAAAGAUUCCAGUAAAGACAAUGCCAACAGAAGCUCAAAAGGUUAGCGAAGUGGAUGCACGAAAGAUCACUCAAGACUUCUUGCAGGGCGAAAAACUGGCUGCCGAACCCAAGGCAACGCCAGCGGCUAGCAAAAUUCCGAAGGUGGAGCCAAGAAAAUUGGUAGAGAAGCAAGUCGAUCGCGAUUCAAAGAUCCUGGAUGAUGUGGUUGCCUCUACUGCUACCAUUAUGACCGCAGGUCUGGGGGCCGAAAAGGUAAAACAGAAACCCGUCGAACAGUCUGAGAUUAUCGCCAAGGCCGAGACUGUCACCGAAAAGGUAACCGAACUGCUUGACACAUUCCACAAAAUUGAGGAGAAGGUGGUCAAGUCUGAGAAGACCUCAGAAGUUUCCAGCAAAGUGGAGGAGUUAGUCAAGGUUGAAGACAAACCGCUUGCGCAGACUCAACCCAAAGAGGAUAAGGUGGCUGAAAAGGUGGCCGAAGUUGUUGAAACUUUCCACAAGAUCGAGGAGCAGAUCACUACUGCCGAAGCCCGCAAGCUCACUCACGAUUUCCUCAGCAUGGAACAGCAAUCCCAAUUGCCGAGCAUGCCACAAGCCCAUGAGAAACUCAUUGAAUCCAGUCUGACAUCCACAAGUGCAUCAGAACCGGAAUCAAUUAUCACAGCGAAAGCAUCUCCGCCAGCCAGCAAGAUACCUGUGGUGGAGCCCAGAAAGUCCCUUAUCGAGGAAACUCCAAAGCCGUUGGCCCAACCUGUGCCCGUAACGACUACUGAAAGGAAACCUCUGAAUGAGCGACAACUUACCGCUGAUUUCUUAAGCAUGGAGCAGCAAACGCAAUUGGUUUCCGAGCCUGCCAAAACACUUGUUGAGGAGGUUACCAAAGCCGCCGAGCAAAUUGUGGAGCACCCUAUGCAGCAAAAGCUACUUAAUGAACGUCAGCUUACAGAGGAUUUCCUGAUUAUGGAACAGCAAACACAACUGCCGUCAAAGAUGAUCAGCAGUGAGUCCAAGACGACAGAAAAACUAAUUGAUGGCAUUGAGUCAGCGGCUCCUGUUGGUGAUAAUGCUUCACCAUUCCACACACCAAAGGUGAAUACCAGUGUGGUGACCCAGGAGCCACAGAGCCUGGUGACGGAAUAUGACAGUGACACCUUUGGCAAGCAGGCCACAGUCCCACUGAAAGAGUUUAUUAAAGAGGAGGGGCUAAGUGCUCCAAUAUCCGUUGAGCCAAGGAAGUCACUGACCGAUGCCGAGUUCUGCAAAUCGGUUGGUGAAACAAUUACCAAGAAAAUGAGUGUAGGAGUGAUUGAAAUAUCAGAUGAGCUCAAGAAAAUGGAGAGCGAGAUCCCACACUCCCAGACUCCACCACCCACACCAAGUGACACCAAAACCGAUAAGCAGAACGAGGGGCCAGAACUGAUCAGCUUAGAACGUGAUUACCUGGCCGACACUGUUACCACUUUGCAUACAACCACAGAGUCGACACUUGAACGCGUCUCUGCCAUUACCAAAAUUGAGCACUUCAGUGUUCAUAAUGUAAAAACCGAAACCUUUACAAGAACAGAUGAACCUGAUAAGCUGCUUCAUAGUGUGGUAGCUCUCCCCGAUAUUCCGAAAUUGUACUCACAAGACACUACCUCAUUUACAGAAAUGAGUACAAGUAGUCAAACCCCGAAGAUGACAACAACGACGACCCUGACAGCACAAAUAGAUCGCACCAAUGUAGACUUGACUAUUCUAGAGAAAGAUCAGCUGAAGAAGGAGCCAAAGGAUCAGCCCACAGUAGAUGUAGAUGCCGAAGCAGAGAAAACUGCAAGUGAUAGGGAGUACUUAGAGCAAAUUAUGGGCUGUGGUGAUGUCAGACGCAAAAUUAUGCGUUUGGAAAGCAGUGGCAGCACAGAAUCAGUGGAUUCAAUUGGCAAGCAACCCGCUGUCACUCAGAAAUACAUAGGUGAUAAUGUGCCAGUGGUGCGAGAGGUGGUGCAGAGCAUUGAGGAUAAGAUCUGCGGUACAGUGGUGUCGGCUAUUCCAUUUACAGUGCAGAAACGGCAGCCUUAUAAAGAUUACGAAGAAACAGAUGUAGAAGAGCUAGAAAAGCAAAUACUAACGCCAGCUGAUUUGACCCUGGAAAAGUUGACCAGGUGUGAGCUACCUGCUGAGGUGGUAAAGAUUUCACCCAUAGAGGCCAUGGCUAUUGGCCUUAAAGAGAUUGAUGAAGAAGUUUGUGAAAAAGUUUGCGAAAAACGCAAGUCCUUUGUGGUAGCUGAAGACUUAUGUGAAACGGAAAAGACUUUAACAGAACAGGUAAUAGAUUUAAAUAGGGAAGUAGAACAGGUACCUGCAAAGAUUUUAAAAGAAGCUGUUGAGAAGCACUUAGACUUAGAAGUUAAGGAUGUCAAUGAAGAUUUACCAAAGGUUAGAGAAGUCGUGCAGGACAUUGAACGUAGGUACCCCACUGCGAUCCUAGAGGCAAAGCCAUUUAGUCCUCGAAAACGCUCAACCCUAGACCGUAAAGCUGAUGUUUCGUCCAUAGAGCAACAGAUUUUAAGCGAAGCCGAUUUGAUUUUAGAUGGUUUAGAUUCUAAACGCAUUCCAGAGCAAAAAUUUUACACGCCUGUUUCAUCCACGUUAAAAUCGAGCACUAGUACUGAAAAUCUGGAAGACGUGUGUGAAAAGAAGUGCUCAAAGCGUACAAUCUCAGAUAUGGCAAAGGCCUUUGAAAGGCAAGGUGACGCAGAAAUUUUACCAGAAAUUAAAAAUGUUAAGACGACAACGACCAAGUUCCUAGAGCAAGAGUCCGUAGUAUUCGAUGUAUCGGAAAGUAUUAAAGAGUUUGAAGCCAAGAGUCUUUUACAUGAAGGCAUAACAGAAAUGGCAGAAAGUCAAAUUAAGUUCUUAACAGAAUGUGAUAAACAAGAAUUUCCAACAGAAUCAAAUAAGGAUAAUAAACUCGUAGAAUUUCCUAAAAUUGCACACACCCUUGAACGAUUACAUUCAAUUUCCAAAUCCGACGUUCAAGAUACAAGGGAGUAUGUUGACAUCGCUAAUAAAUAUGAGGCAAAAAUAGAAAAACUCGUUAAUCAGAGUGAACGUCUUAAAGGUGACGAAAACUUGGAAAUGAAGGUUAAUAUCAAGUUUCCAACUCACGAAAAAUUAGAUGCGAUUCAGGCACAUCAGUACUUGGCCUCCAAGAACUCUGAACUGGUCAGAAUGACUGAUUACAAGCAGAAAAAGUUUCCUUCGGAUGCAAAAACACAUUUAGAUAACAAACCAAUUGAAAGUGAUAGUGACGAAGAGCUGGACAAUUUAAAAAAAAUAAACAAACUAAAACAUUUGUCGAUAAUUGAGAAUAUAUCUUUUACAGACGCAGCUAAGAUAGGCGAAACUACUCAUAGUAAAAAGAUAACCAAAUUUCCGACAGCAGACGAUAUUUCCAAAGAUUCUUAUGGCAAAUCCAAACCCGUUACCUCAGAUGAAAUCCCUCUUAGAGAUGACGUUAAGCCAAGGGACGUUACCACUUUCACGGCCGAACAAACUUUAGCCACAACUCAGUCCAGCACUAAAUCCGCAAGCACUAUACUUGAAUCGGUAGAUAGCAAGGUCAUCCAACCAUUAGAUCCAUUUGCACUCCCGAAAGAUGAUAAGAUCCCAACUUCUUUAGGAGACAAACCCAAGUCCCCUAUUGAGACAAUAAAAACCAUUCCAAAAGAAUACUCUGAAGACGAAAGUGACAAAGAGUUUGGAGUUUCUAAGCCCCUAGACAAACAUGUUACCCAACCAACUCCAUUGACAAGUGGGGCAGAUAAAUCCCCUGUUCAAUUUGAUGACAAAUUAAAGUCUCUUAAACAGAAAGUCGAAAAGGUCCCCAGUAUUCUAGAAGACAAGCCCAAGUCACCGCUUGAGUCAGUAAAGCCUAGUCCAAAAGAGUAUUCUGACGAUGAAAGUAAUGAAGAGUUUAAAGUUCCUAGGCCCCAAUACAAACCUAUUAGUGAACCAACUCCUUCGGUAAUUCCUUUCACUGGUGCAUCGGCUAAUAUCCCUCUGAAAGAUGACGCUAAGCCCAAGGACGUUGCCACUUUCAAGGCCGAAGAAACUUUAACCACAAUACAGUCCAGCAUUAAAUUCGCAAGCACUAUUGUUGAAACGGUAGAUAGCAUCGUCAUCAGACCAUUAGAUACAUUUGCAAUCCCAAAAGAUGAUAAGCUCCCAACUUCCUUAGCAGAUAAACCCAAGUCCCCUAUUGAGACAGUAAAACCCAGUCCAAAAGAAUAUUCUGACGAUGAAAGUGAUGAAGAUUUUGGAGUUUCUAAGCCCCAAGACAAGCAUAUUACCCAACCAAUUCCAUUGACAAGUCCGGCAGAUAAGUCCCCUGUUCAACCUGAUGACAAAUUAAAGUCUCUUGAACAGAAAGAUAAAAAGGUCCCAAGUAUUCUAGAAGACAAGCCCAAGUCACCGCUUGAGUCAGUAAAGCCUAGUCCAAAAGAGUAUUCAGACGAUGAAUGUGAUGAAGAGUUUGGAGUUCCUAGGUCCCAAGACAAACCUGUUAGUGAACCAACUCCUUCGGUAACUCCUUUCACUAGUGCUUCAGAUAACAUUCCUCCUAAAGAUGACAUUAAGCCCAAGGACGUUACCACUUUCAAGGCCGAAGAAUCUUUAACCACAAUUCAGUCCAGCAUUAAAUCCGCAAGCACUAUUGGUGAAACGGUAGAUAGCAUCGUCAUCAGACCAUUAGAUCCAUUUGAAAAAACGAAAGAUGAUAAGCUCCCAACUUCAUUAGAAGACAAACCCCAGUCCCCUAUUGAGACAGUAAAACCCAGUCCAAAAGAAUAUUCUGACGAUGAAAGUGACGAAGAGUUUGGAGUUUCUAAGCCCCAAGACAAGCCUGUUGCCCAACCAAUUCCAUUGACAAGUGGGGCAGAUAAGUUCCCUGUUCAACGUGAUGACAAAUUAAAGUCUCUUGAACAGAAAGACGAAAAGGUCCCAAGUAUUCUAGAAGACAAGCCCAAGUCACCGCUUGAGUCAACAAAGCCUAGUCCAAAAGAGUAUUCAGACGAUAAAAGUGAUGAAGAGUUUGGAGUUCCCAGGUCCCAAGACAAACCUGUUAGUGAACCAACUACUUCGGUAACUCCUUUCACUAGUGCUUCAGAUAACAUUCCUCCUAAAGAUGACAUUAAGCCCAAGGACGUUAACACUUUCAAGGCCGAAGAAACUUUAACCACAAUACAGUCCAGCAUUAAAUCCACAAGCACUAUUGUUGAAACGGUAGAUAGCAUCGUUAUCAGACCAUUAGAUCCAUUUGAAAAAACGAAAGGUGAUAAGCUCCCAACUUCCUUAGCAGACAAACCCAAGUCCCCUAUUGAGACAGUAAAACCCAGUCCAAAAGAAUAUUCUGACGAUGAAAGUGACGAAGAGUUUGGGCUUUCUAAGCCCCAAGGCAAGCCUGUUGCCCAACCAAUUCCAUUGACAAGUGGGGCAGAUAAGUCCCCUGUUCAACCUGAUGACAAAUUAAAGUCUCUUGAACAGAAAGACGAAAAGGUCCCAAGUAUUCUAGAAGACAAGCCCAAGUCACCGCUUGAGUCAGUAAAGCCUAGUCCAAAAGAGUAUUCAGACGAUGAAAGUGAUGAAGAGUUUGGAGUUCCUAGGUCCCAAGACAAACCUGUUAGUGAACCAUCUCCUUCGGUAACUCCUUUCACUAGUGCUUCAGAUAACAUUCCUCCUAAAGAUGACAUUAAGCCCAAUGACGUUACCACUUUCAAGGCCGAAGAAACUUUAACCACAAUUCAGUCCAGCAUUAAAUCCGCAAGCACUAUUUUUGAAACAGUAGAUAGCAUCGUCAUCAGACCAUUAGAUCCAUUUGAAAAAACAAAAGAUGAUAAGCUCCCAACUUCCUUAGCAGACAAACCCAAGUCCCCUAUUGAGACAGUAAAACCCAGUCCAAAAGAAUAUUCGGACGAUGAAAGUGACGAAGAGUUUGGAGUUUCUAAGCCCCAAGACAAGCCUGUUGCCCAACCAAUUCCAUUGACAAGUUGGGCAGAUAAGUCCCCUGUUCAACGUGAUGACAAAUUAAAGUCUCUUGAACAGAAAGACGAAAAGGUCCCAAGUAUUCUAGAAGACAAGCCCAAGUCACCGCUUGAGUCAGUAAAGCCUAGUCCAAAAGAGUAUUCAGACGAUGAAAGUGAUGAAGAGUUUGGAGUUCCUAGGUCCCAAGACAAACCUGUUAGUGAACCAACUCCUUCGGUAACUCCUUUCACUAGUGCUUCAGAUAACAUUCCUCCUAAAGAUGACAUUAAGCCCAAGGACGUUACCACAUUCAAGGCCAAAGAAACAUUAACCACAAUACAGUACAGCAUUGAAUCCGAAAGUACUAUUGUUGAAAAGGUAGAUAGCAAGGUCGUCAAACCAUUAGAUCCAAUUUCCCUCCCGAAAGAUGAUAAGAUCACAACCUUCUUAGGAGACAAACCCAAGUCUCCUAUUGAGACAGUAAAACCAGAUCCAAAAGAAUAUUCUGACGAUGAAAGUGACGAAGAGUUUGGGCUUUCUAAGCCCCAAGACAAGCCUGUUGCCCAACCAAUUCCAUUGACAAGUGGGGCAGAUAAGUCCCCUGUUCAACGUGAUGACAAAUUAAAGUCUCUUGAACAGAAAGACGAAAAGGUCCCAAGUAUUCUAGAAGACAAGCCCAAGUCACCGCUUGAGUCAGUAAAGCCUAGUCCAAAAGAGUAUUCAGACGAUGAAAGUGAUGAAGAGUUUGGAGUUCCUAGGUCCCAAGACAAACCUGUUAGUGAACCAACUCCUUCGGUAACUCCUUUCACUAGUGCUUCAGAUAAAAUUCCUCCUAAAGAUGACAUUAAGCCCAAGGACGUUACCACAUUCAAGGCCGAAGAAACAUUAACCACAAUACAGUCCAGCAUUAAAUCCGCAAGCACUAUUGUUGAAAAGGUAGAUAGCAAGGUCGUCAAACCAUUAGAUCCAAUUUCCCUCCCGAAAGAUGAUAAGAUCACAACUUCCUUAGGAGACAAACCCAAGUCCCCUAUUGAGACAGUAAAACCCAGUCCAAAAGAAUAUUCUGACGAUGAAAGUGACGAAGAGUUUGGAGUUUCUAAGCCCCAAGACAAGCCUGUUGCCCAACCAAUUCCAUUGACAAGUGGGGCAGAUAAGUCCCCUGUUCAACCUGAUGACAAAUUAAAGUCUCUUGAACAGAAAGACGAAAAGGUCCCAAGUAUUCUAGAAGACAAGCCCAAGUCACCGCUUGAGUCAGUAAAGCCUAGUCCAAAAGAGUAUUCAGACGAUGAAAGUGAUGAAGAGCUUGGAGUUCCUAGGUCCCAAGACAAACCUGUUAGUGAACCAACUCCUUCGGUAACUCCUUUCACUAGUGCUUCAGAUAAAAUUCCUCCUAAAGAUGACAUUAAGCCCAAGGACGUUACCACAUUCAAGGCCGAAGAAACAUUAACCACAAUACAGUCCAGCAUUAAAUCCGCAAGCACUAUUGUUGAAAAGGUAGAUAGCAAGGUCGUCAAACCAUUAGAUCCAAUUUCCCUCCCGAAAGAUGAUAAGAUCACAACUUCCUUAGGAGACAAACCCAAGUCCCCUAUUGAGACAGUAAAACCCAGUCCAAAAGAAUAUUCUGACGAUGAAAGUGACGAAGAGUUUGGAGUUUCUAAGCCCCAAGACAAGCCUGUUGCCCAACCAAUUCCAUUGACAAGUGGGGCAGAUAAGUCCCCUGUUCAACGUGAUGACAAAUUAAAGUCUCUUGAACAGAAAGAUGAAAAGGUCCCAAGUAUUCUAGAAGACAAGCCCAAGUCACCGCUUGAGUCAGUAAAGCCUAGUCCAAAAGAGUAUUCAGACGAUGAAAGUGAUGAAGAGGUUGGAGUUCCUAGGUCCCAAGACAAACCUGUUAGUGAACCAACUCCUUCGGUAACUCCUUUCACUGGUGCUUCAGAUAACAUUCCUCCUAAAGAUGACAAUAAGCCCAAUGACGUUACCACAUUCAAGGCCGAAGAAACUUUAGGCACAAUUCAGUCCAGCAUUAAGUCCGCAAGCACUAUUGUUGAAACGGUAGAUAGCAAGGUCGUCAAACCAUUGGAUCCAAUUUCCCUCCCGAAAGAUGAUAAGAUCACAACUUCCUUAGGAGACAAACCCAAGUCCCCUAUUGAGACAGUAAGACCAGAUCCAAAAGAAUAUUCUGACGAUGAAAGUGACGAAGAGUUUGGGCUUUCUAAGCCCCAAGACAAGCCUGUUGCCCAACCAAUUCCAUUGACAAGUGGGGCAGAUAAGUCCCCUGUUCAACGUGAUGACAAAUUAAAGUCUCUUGAACAGAAAGACGAAAAGGUCCCAAGUAUUCUAGAAGACAAGCCCAAGUCACCGCUUGAAUCAGUAAAGCCUAGUCCAAAAGUGUAUUCAGACGAUGAAAGUGAUGAAGAGCUUGGAGUUCCUAGCUCCCAAGACAAACCUGUUAGUGAACCAACUCCUUCGGUAACUCCUUUCACUAGUGAUUCAGAUAACAUUCCUCCUAAAGAUGACAUUAAGCCCAAGGACGUUACCACUUUCAAGGCCGAAGAAACUUUAACCACAAUACAGUCCAGCAUUGAAUCCAAAAGUUCUAUUGUUGAAAAGGUAGAUAGCAAGGUCGUCAAACCAUUGGAUCCAAUAUCCCUCCCGAAAGAUGAUAAGAUCACAACUUCCUUAGGAGACAAACCCAAGUCCCCUAUUGAGACAGUAAAACCAGGUCCAAAAGAAUAUUCUGACGAUGAAAGUGACGAAGAGUUUGGGCUUUCUAAGCCCCAAGACAAGCCUGUUGCCCAACCAAUUCCAUUGACUAGUGGGGCAGAUAAGUCCCCUGUUCAAUCUGAUUACAAAUUAAAGUCUCUUGAACAGAAAGACGAAAAGGUCCCAAGUAUUCUAGAAGACAAGCCCAAGUCACCGCUUGAGUCAGUAAAGCCUAGUCCAAAAGAGUAUUCAGACGAUGAAAGUGAUGAAGAGUUUGGAAUUUCUAAGUCCCAAGACAAACCUGUUAGUGAACCAACUCCUUCGGUAACUCCUUUCACUGGUGCUUCAGAUAACAUUCCUCCUAAAGAUGACAAUAAGCCCAAUGACGUUACCACAUUCAAGGCCGAAGAAACUUUAGGCACAAUUCAGUCCAGCAUUAAAUACGCAAGCACUAUUGUUGAAACGGUAGAUAACAUCGUCAUCAGACCAUUAGAUCCAUUUGAAAAAACGAAAGAUGAUAAGCUCCCAACAUCCUUAGAAGACAAACUCAAGUCCCCUAUUGAGACAAUAAAACCCAGUCCAAAGGAAUAUUCUGACGAUGAAAGUGACGAAGAGUUUGGAGUUUCUAAGCCCCAAGACAAGCCUGUUGCCCAACCAAUUCCAUUGACAAGUGGGGCAGAUAAGUCCCCUGUUCAACCUGAUGACAAAUUAAAGUCUCUUGAACAGAAAGACGAAAAGGUCCCGAGUAUUCUAGAAGACAAGUCCAAGUCACCGCUUGAGUCACCAAAGCCUAGUCCAAAAGAGUAUUCUGACGAUGAAAGUGAUGAAGAGUUUGUUGUUUCUAGGCCCAAAGACAAACCUGUUAGUGAACCAACUCCCUUUGUAACUCCUUUCACUAGUGCCUCAGAUAAAAUCCCUCUUAAAUAUGACGUAAAGUUAAAGGCAUCCCCUUUGAAGUCUUUCCCUCAAGAUGCGUUAAUUCCAACGAAAGACGACAUUUUAGGGACUUCAGACACUAUAAUAGACUGUUCUUAUCGCGGAGAAAAUAGAUCAGUGCAACAGAUUGUGGAGGACACCAUUAGAGCUGGUGAUGCUGAGGUACAAAAAAUUGUGGACGAAACACUUAAACAACAUUCUAAAAAUUUGUGCAGUUUUAAGGAUCAGGUCAUAGAUGAAGAGAGAUCGGUUGAAACAAUUGUCGAAGAAACACUAAAGAAUGCAAUGUUAAACAUUGAUAUUGCUAGGGACGAUAAAACGUGUUCCACCAAUAAAAAUGAAAUGGUAGCAAAAGAAGUUCGUCCGGUUGCAUACUUUGUAAAUUUAGGCGAUGCACCGAAUUCGGUAAUUCCCGCUAAAAAGCAAGCUGUGAGAGCUCAGCCAAAAAAAGCCACUAAGUCCGAGCCGGAAAAAAUGUUACGGGAUGCCAGCGUUAAAUCGACAAUUAAAACUACCAUUAGCAAACAAAAAGUUGGUGUUAAAGAGAAACCUAAGAAAUAUGUUAAAUCCACGUCUGUUUUGCAAGCUAAGGAAAAGACAUCUACCAUUAGGCAAACUCCAAUCAGAAAAACAAUAGCUACUGACAAAACGAAACUACCAAACAAAAGUGAGUCAAGACGUUCAGUAACAAGCUCAACUUCAACUACCACAAGUUCAGCUUCAGCAACGAGUCGCAUAAUAAGCGAAAUACAUUUCGAGCGGUCUGCAAGCCCUGCAUCGAGUUCCAUUUUCUACGAAAGUCAUCCGCAAGGUGAAGGCAGCCGUUCUACCACCCCCAGACCUAGGGUAAAGACUGACGUCACCCAAAUACCCUACAACACUUCAAUUCGAUCAUUUAGCCCCCAACCACAAGCCACAAAGUCAGACAAGAAAGUUUUAAAACAAAGUAAAACUACUGCCCCUCGAUCUACCAAAGAGCUCACAGAAAAGGGUUUAAAGAAGACUGAGAGAAUCGGCAGCCAAGAGCGUGUUGAGAAAAGGAAAACCCCUACACCGUCUGCCACCCACAGAUACAUGCAGCCCACCCUGGCCCACAGCAUGCGAUACGGAUUAAAUGCCGAUGGGGACGUAGGCCAAAGUGUUUCGCCAGUACCGCCAAAGUCACCAGCCCCACCCAAAUCGCCGGCUUCGGCCCAAACCAAAACUACUCAACGAACACCUUAUAUAACAAGUGCCUUGACCAAGUCUACAUCCCAGAUAACAAAGCAAAAAAACACGAUUGCCGAGAAGUCACCAACACAACCACGAUCCCAGAUUAAAAGAAGCUCACAGAGUGAUAGCAAGGAGUCCCUGAAGAAAAGCACCGACCGCCUAUACAAACGACAAACAUCCAAAGAAAAUAAGCAAGCAAACGUGAUAGGCUCCAAGAGCCAAGCAACUAAAAGCAUGAAGACACAAUCAGCUAAUUCAGCCAAGACACUUGCCUACAGAACUUCCAUAGAGACAGAAAACAAGCUUCAGAAGAAAAUCACAGCCACUAUACAGCGCACCAAAGUUCCGAUUAGCGUGUCUUCCAGUGCAAGGACUGUAGCAAAGCUAAGCAAGAGUGAUGACGCCGACAAGAGACCUCAGGUAGACAAUAAGAAAACAGUUAAGCGAACGGUAAGCAGGACAAGUGAUGGCGGCGGCACUACCACCACCACCACCAAAUCAACCAGAACCGUGCAGAGCUCCAUGGAACCCAAGAUGCAAAAGAAGAUGAAGGAUACAAUGAAUGAGUCGAGUUCGAACUCUGGUAGUGGCACCACCAGUGCCAGUGGCUCCUCGAACAGUACGCGGCGAAGUGUGCGAUCCGUUAGCACAGUUAGCCGCAAAACAGACAAGGACCUGACAAACAUUCGGCGGGCAGCGGGUGCUGUCGCCUCUACAUCGACCGUACUGGUGCACCGGGAACCAACUGCAACCACCGGCGCUGUUAGCACCGUGCUCGUUGAUGACGACUGUGAGGUGAUAACCAUACGUUCCAUUAAAUCAAGCGAUAGUACAAAAAGUUCUACCUCAUCAUCCUCCGGUAGCGGCAGCAACAGUCGCAAGGUGCUAACCAGCGAGGUAUUCACUAAAACCUUCGGCCCCGACAGGCCGCUCGAGGUGGUCUACCGACAGCCCGAGUUUGAUGUAGAACACCACACCGUCAUGUCCAUGCGUCCGCCAUCCACCACUAGCAGUGAUCAGCAGCGGUGUAUCAACGAGUUCGAUGUCAGCUUUAUCGACACCACCGACUCCAGUCUCUCGGAUUCCGUUGCCUUGCCCAUGUUCGGCUCCGGCGAUCCGGAGCGUUUAUUGGCUGCUAGUCCCGGUUCACCCAAACCGACUCGCAGUCCCCUGGCCCUUAUAGAGGAGACCCUGCGCCGCCAGCAACAGCACCACCACCAUCAUCAGCACCACCAUCACAGUAGCAUUGUUACAACCGGUGGUGCUGCUUCCCUCGAUCCUUCUCUACCGAUGCAAGUGGCUUUUGGAGAGGGUCAACGCGAGGCGGAGGUAGAGAUGGAAAAGAACAGCUCUUCAAGAGAAACCCUUCAGGAAAAGAAAGUAGACCUAUCCAUUUUGGAUACAGCAAAUAUCUCACAAGAAAUUGGUGAUGUUAAAGUUGGUGGUGGUGAUGAUCAUGGUGAUGGUGAAGAUCUUGUGGCACGCAUUCGCGAGGAAGCCAAUAUUCUGGUGGAUCGCGUGAUCGAAGAGAGUGUCGAGAUCAUUGAGAGUCACGGCCAUCAGGCCAAUGGCCACGAGAUCGCUAAGCUGGACUACAACUCAGAAAGUGAGAAUUAUGCCAUUACAUGCGACGAUAUCGGCGGCGUCGAUGUUAUCAAAUCGCCCACCAUUGAGUCCAUGUCGGGCAAGUCGUUUGACGACAACAUGAGCUUCACCGACGAGCACAUACAUAUACCAUUGCAUGCCCAGAACACGACCACCACCAUGACAACGACAAUUACCACUCAGUUCCAACAGCAGCAGUCCCAGGUGCAGCUGCCCCAAGCCAUUUCCCAGGCUGCUGCCACAAGCACAUCGGCGGCAAAAGAUCCAGUACCAGUACUCGAAUCCGUUCCCGUACCCGUACCCGAACCUCUAGAGAGUAGUCGAGAACAGGCAGAAGACGGGAGUGAGGCGCGGGCGAGACGCAUCGAUCGGAAGAUCGAGAAACUAUCCACGGACAUGGACGAUGUGAGCGCCAAGUUCGAUGAGGCGUUUGAGAUGUCGGUGCCCGAGGACGAGAUUAGUGCCCUUCAGGGGGACUUUUCCAAACUUAGCUGGGAUGACAGCGUGUCUCCCACGACCAAUACCAUGGCCGAUAUGGCCCAGAACCAAAUGACUCCCGAUAACGAUGUUCAAGAUCUCAUCGCAGAAACAGGCGGCGAUUUACCAAACUCAAGUGAAACCGAAACCACUCCCGUACCACCGUCGAAAGAAUCGGAAACCAAAACCGAAACUGAGCCGACGGUAGAAUCCAAUGCAUUCACUACCACCAGCCACGAUACACCCACACCAAAACCACGAGUACUCAAAGCAAGCUCCCCAGUCUCUGAAGGCACUGAUAGCACUACCAUUCCUGGCCCAGCGCCGAAAUCCGAAAUACCGAUUGAUCUAAGUUUUGAUGCCGCCGCACCGGUUCCGAAGCCACGAGCUCCCAUCAAGCACACGGAACCCUUCGAGAACCUAGCUGCCCUAGCUGAGCAGUCCGAUAGCAUUAGUCUGAGGAGCUUUGAAUUUACCGAGGAUAUUUCCAAGACAGACGAGCCUUCCACGGAGCUCUCGAUUCGAUCCCAAUUACGUGACAUAGUCACCACCACCACUACUGCUUCAGAGGACCACACCGAAAGCUUUGAGCCAACAAGUGAAAUUUCCGUCGAUGAUGCUGACACUGAGAAGUCGGAGGGCGCCGAAAAGACCACUAGCUUUUAUAUUGGGGAAUCUAGCCGUAAUGUUAUCAUCAAAACCUCCACAAGAUCCGCCAGUGUUACGCCGCAAGAGGAAGAAGCUCAGGGCGAAAUUGGUAUCGAUGCCAAGGAUAUUUCUUUAAUGAAGGAGGUAUCUGUCGAUUCUGACGAGGCCAACGAUGUUUUCAAGGAGUAUGUAACAAUGAAGUCCGACGAUGCUGCUGCAGUGGACAGCAAGAUAAUCAGACAAGGUUCGGAAACCAGAAAUGAUAUACUCGAAUUUGAGAAUGCCGAUAAGGAGAAGACAGGGGAACCGAAACUUUCCAAGGUGACAACUGAGGAAAGCUUAACCACGUCGACCGGAUCCAGUGGUCGUGCCAUUAUUGAAAUAGCUCCUUCCAGCAGCGAAGAUCCCGAUGAGUCCAGCAAGGAGAUUCCGGAAAUAGUAAAUACAAUCUCCGACAAGACUGCUUCCACCGAUCGAUUUGAACUGCCAUUGGAAAAGAGUGAGUGGGAAACAUCAGAGAAGGAAAUUCCAACUGCGGGAAAGCCAAAAGUAGUUCAUUCGCCUCAGCAACCUCAAGAAAAGGACAUAAAGAAUACGAUGGAUAAAUCUAUUGUAGGUGAAAUUCUUGCCGAAGAGCAUGAAUCUGUGCAGAGAAGUGAGCACAUGAGCCCGUUGGAAACCAAAGAUUCCAUCGAGAAGACACAAUCUGAAUUAGGAUUUACCACUACUGAGAUCGAGGAUAUAUCAUCAUUUAUUGGCAUACCCGAGGGAAGCAUGCAAACUUCAACAAUAGAUAGUACACAGCCUCCCGAAGGUCUGUUCGAUACAACAAUCAAAGAGACCCUCAACAAGCAAGCAGCGAUGGCUCACUAUUCCCAGGAUGUUUUUGGCAGGGGGGAGAGGCGUGAUGAUCAUGGCUCCCUAGGUUUUAUUUCCACUGGUACAGCUGAAGAGUUAAGCUCCAUGGAAGAGCACAUGGCAAAGGAGGAGCAAGCCUCCCUGGGCUUCGUUUCCACUGAAACCGCAGAAGACUUCAGCUCUAUGGAAGAUUACUACUCCGAAAAGUUGGCCAUUGCUAGUGUGGUAGCAGAAGAAGUUGCUACUGACAAAUCAAUCACCACUAGCACAUUUGAGGAGCUCUCUUCCGAUCAAUCCAUAAAGCCAAUCGAUGUGGUGGUACAUCGUCUAAAGACCGAGUCAUCGCCGGAUUCCAUCAACCGUUGGUCUAUUCCCGAUGUAGACACCUCAAGCUCCAGUGAGAGUUUCCACAAGAGCUUCGACAGGACCCAGAGUCGACCUCUGUCCUCAGAUAUGGAAAACUUAAUGACAGGCACUGGCACAGGUACUGGCACCUCAAGUGAGUACCAAACUGCCCGGGAAUUCAGCACUACUGGUCGUACAGAGGGAACCGAAUAUAUUAGUGCAGUCAGUACCCUUGGCAGUAGUAGUUUAGAUUCUCAUUCAGAGACUUCUGCCAACUUUGCCAGCAUUGAUGUUUCUGAACUGUCAGAGACACUGGUGGCCUCUUCCGCUGAAGCAGAUGCUUUCGAAGCUGACGAGAUGUCGCGGCUGCGCGAUCUUCGGGCUGAUGACGAGGACAGUGAUGAGAGCAUUGAACUGCCUGGAACUGCUUAUCCAACCAGCGAACAGCAGAGCCUGAUGAAACGAUCCCAGGAAAUGAUUUUCAAGCCCAAGCCUGAGGAAGAAGAGCCACUGCCCGUCGAGGUUGUGCAGAUCGAGGAAUAUCCUAAGCCAAAGGAGGCGGAACGCACGUGGGGCUUAGCCUAUCCUCUGGAAGACAGCAAGGCAGAUAGCCCGCGGGAAAGCGAAAAGGGCGAAGAUAUCCUGUUAUAUCAUGGAGACCCACGUCGGUCCAUUGACGAGUCCAAACUAGCCUCAAGCCUAGACGAAGGCAGCAUUCUUUCGGUUAGCAUGUCCAGCACAUCUAACAUUGAUACUGUCGUAGAGAACUUUGAUGAUGUUAUCGGAUCGGCGGGAUCUUCCUCGCUGACUGGGAUUGAAGGUUUCCAGUAUGGCCAUGAUGAGUCGAUUCCAUCUGCCUCAGUACCCGAAGACGCCACAUUUAUGCUGGAAAUGGAGAGCAAGGAGCAUUCGCCACAGGAUUCUAACGCCAGUACACCACCAGGAGGAGAAUCAAAACGUCGUGGGCACAAGCGAAAUGAGAGCAUCUCAGGGGAUGCGUUGAAGAACUUGGACAAGGAGGUAGCCCUUCUGGGCGAAGGCAAGGAAUCAGAAAGCGAGUCCGACACGGAUCCCUACGAGUCGGAAUAUGCCCGGCAGUUCCGUUCUCCCAAAGAACGAAAGAGUAAAAAGAAAAAGCAGGCUGCAGCCGAAAUGGAUCACAGUGGCGAGCUUGAGAAGCGUCCGUUUACCCCAUCCCAGCUGGUGGCCGAGGUAAUCGUGGAGGACAGUGCCACCGAGGAGCUGGAGGCAGAAGCAGCUAUGAUCGAAGAACGUCGACCUUCGCAGAACAUGCAAGACUACUCGAACAUACCCGACAUAAUGGUCACUGAGGACAUCAAGUCGCCAAUCUUGGAGGAGGAGACCGACGAGUUCCCCGAAAAGAUUCUGUACAAAGUUCGCACCGAGGAGGAGUUGCACAAGGCCAGCGAUACCGCCGUUUACCAAAAGGCCAAGGCCGAGGAGAAGGAGCAGGACUUUCAAAGAAGAGUGCAAGAACAGUACCGCCAGAAGCUCGAAGAGCUAAAGCGGGCUGAAGUUGGAGCCGAAUACGAUGAUCGCAGGGCUCCCGAUUCGCCAGACUCCUUCGAAAUGGUUGAACAGCCCGAUAUCUCGGAUGAGUUUGUGAUCAUUGAGGAAGUGGCGAAGGAGGCCAACGAGGUCGACCUUGGAGGUCAGAGCAUCAAAAUUAAGCCAACGAAGUACGAGCAGAAGCACGACGAAGACGUUGAAAAGAUCAUCAUCAAGUCAGCGCCAGCAGAUCCCAAGCUGGGCUCACAACUCUACAAGGACGAUCUGAACUUCGAGUUCGAGGAAAGCCCACCGACGGGAGCCAGCAGCAGUAGCGAGCAGCAGGAGGAGAGCGACUCCAGCGAAACUGCAGCGGCCAACAAACGUUGGGUUGAGAUGCAGUUGACAGAUAACCAACUGCGGUAUCCUUACGAUCUAGCCGGAGCCGUACUGGAGGACAUUAAGGAGGAAGACGGCGAGUUCGAGGUGGGCAGCAGUCGCAUCAGCAGUUUCAAAGACUCCUUCUCCAGCACGCCGGAGUACGAUGUGGCAGCUCGUCGUUAUCAUUCCCGUGGCGAGCACGACGACGUCUCAAUGAGUAGUCUGCAGGAGUUCGAGUCCCUGGAGCAGGCCAUUUCCCUAGAGAAUCGGAAUCGCACCCACCAAGGCUCCACAGACUCCAGCAACGGAAGUUUCACCCGCCGCUAUGUGGUUCGCCACAGUGCCAGUGGAGCCGCCCCUGGUGACGAUGUAUCGGUCUCCAGUCUCAAGGACUUCGAGGGCCUUGAGAAUGCCUGCAUUGAAGCCCACCUGAUAGAGAUCAAGGCCCGGGAGGAAGCCGCGCUGCUUUCUCGCUCUGACGAGUCCAACAAGUCCAAUGGCAGUGACAAGGGAGCCACGGGUAAUGUGGUGGUGACCAAGGUCACACGAACCGUAACCCGCACCGAAGUGGUGCCCUCCAGUCAGGCGGAGAACAUCGAAGCCCUGCUCAAGCACAAGUUAGAGCGGGAUGAGGGAUCUGCCCAAGUGAAAGUCACCGACAUGAGCACCACGGAGUUGGAGCCCAAGUCGAAGAUCGACAGCCAGGACUCGGAGAAGGACAGCAUUGAUAGCAUGGAGAUUAGCAAGAGUCACGACAUGAUGACCAGCAGCAUAGAGAGCUUUGACAUUUCCAAGGAUGCCACCACGAGAUCGGACAUUGACUCCCUGGAGAUCGACAAGCGGCACUCACGUCAGGAGAGCAUCGAGUCCUUUGGCGACGAGCAAUUGGACCUGAUGAGCAAGUUCGUCAGCGGCGGAGGGGUGACACUGGGUGAUGGGCUGACCACGACCACAACCACCACCACCACCAGCACGGAUGCCGAUGGACACGAGCACACGGUGACCAGGGUGAUAACCACAACAACGACCGUGGGCGGUGGCAUUCAGGAGCUCCCGCUGGAUGAGUCCGGAAUGUCGAAGGACGUAUCGGUGGAUUCCCUCAACCUCUGCAUAGAACAAACCACCAGUUCGGCUGGCACAACGGCCACCUACCAGACCAGUGCUGGUAACUCCCAGAUGUCCGGGAGCGUCACGAGCUGUGCAUCCAGCACUCUAAUGGAGGAUUCGUUCCCUGGUGUGGGUGGCAUGUCGUCGUCGCAAAUGUCGGCCAGUUUUUGGUCCCACGAUGAGUCCACGGUGGUCGAGGACGAAGGACACGAUCCCGCGAAGAAGCCGCACCAAGGCCAGUAAGCGCCACAGGGGCUUGAGAGAGAGAGAGAGAAAAAAAGAGAGGGAGAAACAGAGAGAUAUAGAAGAAGUCACGCGUAAUCCUAUAUGAAAAUGGGGCUUGAACGGUGACAUAGAAAAUUCGGCUAGACAAGGCGCUCUUCUAGGCGCUGCACUAAUGGAUUAAUCUGUGGCCGGGGAACGCAUCUUCACCGGCUCUGAACAUCACCGAUUUCAAAUCGAACAGCCAGAGGGAUUUAUUAAUUAGCAAAUUUGACAUUCUCAUACACACACACAUUUUUAAUGAUAUUGAAGUGCAUACCCGAGUUUUUAAAGGCAAAUAUAUAUAUUUUAUAUAUUUAUAAAAACUAUAAAAUCGCAAACAUGCAUACGAAUAUGAACAUGGCAAGCAUAAGCCGUUCAACGCAUUUUCUUAUUGGCUUUAAUGUUUAAAAAUUAACUAAAACUAAAACAGAAACAGAAAUCUUUUGUGCUAGAGCGUGGUAAUGAAAAAAUCCUUUGCUUUUAAUUUGAUGUAGUUAUUAUAUAUGUACAUGUACGAAGGAUACUUAUUAUUAAAUGAAUCGCUUAUUAUUGUAGUUUAAUUUAAGCAAUUAUACAAACGCAUGUGAAAAGGGGACGUAAUGAAAUAGCCGAUGCCUGGCAAGUGAAAUGCUUUUAAAGUCUCAUUUUUUACAAGAACCAAGCAAAUUUUUUCGCUUGCAUUUUUAACAGUGAAAUAUACAUAAAUAUACAACCUGAAAAAAAAUGCAUAGAUCAAAUUUAAAAAAUAUAUGUACUAACAGAUAUGAAAUUAAUUCACUUAGAAAUACCACAAAGAGCCAUGAAAUGUAUCGCUAAUUUUCGUAAAGCACAUCUUACGUGAACGAGUAUUCGUCAAGAACCUACUUAUUGAAAGGAUUUAAACGUUUUAGCAUCACCACUGUAAUGGGAUAUAAAUAAAAAUAAUAUUUGUGUUAAAAACAUACAAGAAAUAUUAAAAAAAAUAACAUUAUUGUAUUGUAAACCCACACGCGUAUGAUAACCAAAUAAAAUGCUUAAUAAAA